ACUCGUUUUGAUCAUCAUUCAGUCUCCUUUGCAUUUCGUGCUCAUUGUCCAAUUUCAAUAGAGGAUGGCGCUCAGUGGGAUUGGACGCGGAAUCGCCGCUGGCCAAGCAUGGCCGAGCAACUUGCUGGCACUGACGCGGCUCACACCGUUGCCUACCCACUCUGUGACUGCAAUUGCUGCUGCUGCUGCCACUGCUGCCUGCUUUUCGCCGAUGGUGGCUCAUGGGCGUCGAGGCGGGGCGUCGCUGGCGCGCGGUGAAGCAGCAGGAGCUGCCGAAACCGCCGCCCUCAAUGCUGUUGCUGCUGCUGCCAGCGCGUCAAAGCAAGGGAAUCCACUCCAAGCGAGCAUGAACUCUACGUCCAUGCCACUGUCCGAGCAUGGUGCGCUCGCAUCGGCAUCGCUGAGCUCCUCGUCGUCGUCGCCGUCGUCGUCAAGCUCCGCCCCAGCCAUCUCCGCAGGGCACUUGAUGCGACACAUGGGCGCUGCAUCCAAUCUAGCACAAAUAGAAGCCGUCGUUGAUGCCUUCCGAGAGCUCAAAAGCGUGCGCGGAUCGGUCGAGUUUAUCGAAGCUGCAAUCACUCGUUUGGAUGCGCUGGAUCUGGACAUUCCGAAGCGAACCUAUGACAAGCUGCUUGACGUUUUCCCGAAAAACCACACCGUCACGCGAUCUUGGCUGGACGUCAUGUGGCCUCGCGAGAAUGCGGCCGUCGAGACGGCACUCAAGUUGCUGCAGCGAAUGGAGGAUGCCAGCAUUUGCCCCGAUCUGGAAACGUUCAAGCCCGUAUUCUACGCGUUUGGCAAGAAGAGUGUGCCUGUACGCAAGUGUGAAAGCAUGUAUUACUGGAUGACGCUCUUUGGAAUGAAUCCGAAAUCGAAAAGCUACCAGAUUAAGGCGUUGCCCGAGGAUUUGACGCUUGUCACGCAGCUCGCGCUCAAUCGAUUGGUCGGAGUCUCGGAUGCUCAGAUUCACCAACACGGCGUUUUCCAACGCGAUGGUAACGGCGCUGUGGAUGUCGGUCACGUCGAUCACGUCCCACCCGUGGUGUCUUACGAGCGCCCGGAGGCGCUGGCGCAACUCGACGGCAGCAAGUCACUCGUCGUCACUGGUCCGCACCUGAAUUGGUUCCGUCGCACCUUCCAGCCCUAUUACACUAUUUCCCCCGAAUCAGAGCCCUCCCAAAUCCUUGGGUAUUGCAUGACGACGCGCCACGAUGACACGACACUCAUGGCCUGGAUUCGAGCCGUGCCAAAGUUUGCCACCGCCAACAUUCGGUUUAACUUCUCGCCGCUGGCAAAGACCGCCAGCACGUUGCACGGGCAACGUUUCCGCCGGCAACUGUACGGGCGCGUGUCUCGUCUACCCACCAUCGAGGAGCAGCAUUGGCAAGAGACUCCAGAGGCGCAAAAGCUGAUUGCGGCUUCCAAAAAUGAUUUCCAAGCUUGAAUUUCUUUGUCGUUGUCGUCAACCCAACCCUUUGACCAUUUUGCUGUCCAACUACACUCUAUUCAACUUGCUU